UUCACUGCAGUUUCUUUUACAUUUCCUCUCUCUCUCUCUCGCUCUCUCUCUCUCUCUCUCUCUCUCUCUCUCUCCUCCUUAUCUCAUCGCCUCUGCACUAGUUUCAGAGAUCAUAUAACGAAUUCGGUGAUUGAUCGGUGCAUGACGAGCGCAUCCGAGCUCUUCUCUACACGAAGAUCGCGUCCAGGUCGAUCCGACCCGGAUUUAGAAUCCGACACUUCUUCUUAUCGACACCACUCGCACCAUCAUCAUCGUCGUCACGGUACCCAUCACCAUAACCAACGUCAUGAUUCCGACGGCUGUGAUCUUCUACGGCGACCCACUCCGCGUCUCCGACGCUUCUGUCACCUUCCGGAACGUAGACCUAUUCGUGAUGUUCAAGGCACUGCUCAGUAUUUGAAUACGGACAGUACUGAUACUGAAACUCAGAGUAGCAGCUUUGUAAACCUAAGUGGAUCAGAGAGGCUCCCUGGAGCUGUUCUGCUCGCAAGGGCAAGACUUUUCGAAAGACUGAGAGGUGUUUCUUUGUCUAGCAACAGUCGAAACAACAGAGUUUCAUUGGGAGAUGAACAAAGGGAGUCCUCAUUUCAUUCCGCAGACGGAGAUCCAAUUUUCCAAAUAGAAGAGCAUCAGGUGACCUAUGAAAGUAACAAGAAACCCCAAGGACUUACUCAAGAUGCUAUUAACUGUUUACACCAGCAAACUUUUAGCUCAGCUGAGGUUAAAACCGAGAUGAGAGAUUGUAGCAUAUGUUUAGAGAGUUUCACUAAAGACGACAAGCUUAUAUCCUUGCCCUGUACCCAUAGUUUCCACUCAUCUUGCUUAAACCCUUGGCUAAGAGCUUGUGGAGAUUGUCCUUACUGCCGUAGAGCCAUAGCUAAGGAAUAACAAGACUUUGUAAAUAGACUCUUUACCCAACUUAUAGCCACGUCUUCGAGUUUCGUUCUCCCAUUUGAGUGUUUUUGUUGUUGUUCUGUCACGUGUUUUUGUGUGUUAACGGUUUUUGUGUGCCAUUGGGGUAGCUCAAGCGUUGAUAGUGUUGUUGGUGUGAAUCUUUUUAGAUACCUUCACUGAGAUCUCUCUCUUAAUGUCUGUCUUGUUGGUUUACAAAGCAACCUCUUUUUUCAA